AUGACAAACAACAUUCCUCCUGGGUAUCAUGUCGAAGUUGUGGGUGAUGCUAGGUUUGUGGUACCUUUCAGGUACUCCAAUUUGAAGCCCAUUGGUUCAGGAGCUCAGGGCUUUGUUGUAGCAGCCUACGACUCAAUACUUAAGCAAGAUGUAGCCAUUAAGAAGUUGGCGCGUCCUUUUCAAAAUGUCACACAUGCCAAACGUGCCUAUCGUGAAUUUGUUCUAAUGAAGUUGGUGAAUCAUAAAAAUAUCAUAUCACUGUUAAACGCAUUUACUCCUCAGCAAACACUACAAGAUUUCCAGGAUGUUUACUUAGUAAUGGAAUUCAUGGAUGCUAAUUUAUGCCAAGUGAUUAAUUUGGAUUUAGAUCAUGAACGAACUUCAUAUUUACUCUAUCAAGUCCUAUGUGGUGUAAAACAUUUACAUGCAGCUGGUAUAAUUCAUCGAGAUUUGAAACCGAGUAAUAUAGUUGUGAAACAUGAUUGCAGUUUGAAAAUUCUUGAUUUUGGUUUGGCUCGUACAGCUGGAGACAGUUUUUUAAUGACCCCAUAUGUGGUGACUCGCUAUUAUCGAGCACCAGAAGUUAUUUUAGGCAUGGGUUAUUCAGAAAAUGUUGACAUAUGGUCUGUUGGUUGUAUAUUUGCUGAAAUGGUUCUUGAACGAAUUCUUUUUCCCGGUUACGAUCAUAUUGAUCAGUGGACUAAGAUAACAGAAGAACUUGGAACACCUGGUCCAGAAUUUAUGAGUCGAUUAGAAUAUGCUGUACGUAAUUAUGUAAUGUCACGACCAAGAAAUGAACCUCGACCAUUUACUGAACUCUUUCCAGAUGAUCGUUUUCCUCCGCCUAGUACAGAGCAUGAGACAUUGAAUGCUGAUCAAGCCCGUGAUUUAUUGAGUAGAAUGCUAGUAAUUGAUCCACUACAGAGAAUAUCCGUGGACGAAGCUUUGCAUCAUCCAUAUAUACAUGUAUGGUAUGAAGACUCUGAAGUGAACGCGCCACCACCAGCUCGAUAUGAUGAUUCAUUUGGUGAAAGAAAUCUAUCUGUUGAUGAAUGGAAAUCUCGUAUUUUUCAUGAAGUGAAAGAAUUUGAAGCUCAUGAAGCCCAUAUACGUAAUACUGAAAAUUAA